AUGAUCUAUAAGAAAACGACACCGCAGGUUUCGAACCCAUUGUUUCUGGCACUUUUACCUAUCGUUUUUGCGCAUGGCGAUAGCCAAGACACGGGCAAGAUGAACAUGAGAAUGGACCACGGCAGCAAUACAACACAGUCACCUAAACACCAAGGCUAUCCCAAUACUUACUUUGCCCAUCCUGAGCAUUCUGGAUUCAUUUACGCACACAUUUCUUUGAUGGUUAUUUCCUGGGUGUUCAUCCUCCCCAUCGCUGUCAUGUUCUCACUGACACGUUCUCGCUUUACAUUGCCUGCCCAACUCGUGUUCCUAGCUUCCAAUACUGUGGGAGUCUUUCUCGGCGUCGUCUACAACAGCCAUACCCCUGAUUUGUAUCCUGGUAAUGCGCACCACAAGAUUGGCUGGAUUGCGACUUGGGUUAUCUGCGCCCAGGUGCUUGUAAGUGUUGUGGGCUACAUCGCCGGUGCUUUCCCAAGCGAUGAAAGCAGCAGAGAGACACGCUAUUUGCUACCUAUACCAAGUCAAGAGGCCGAAUUGCCUUUUUGCAGCGGAUAUCAUGACGACAGUCCAAACCGCACUUUCGAUGAUACCGGACGAGGCACCGAGCCAAACAGCCCUUCUCUCCGGAGCGACUCAGUAUCGACACUCAAUGGCAUGGGAUCGCCGCCGCAGCACCCCAGUAAAGAGUACGAAGAUGACCAAGACUUGGAAGAGCUUUCAUUGUCAUCUCCUGCGCCCCAGGGGACUUUAGCCCGCCAUGUUUCCAAGGUUGCUACAUCAAGAGUCUGGAAGCACCUCGACAUUGGCCGCAAAGUGAUUGAUCGCAUCAUUCUUCCUUUCGGCUCCAUCGUGCUUGCCACUGGCAUAGCCACUUUUGGCCGCUUCUUUGAAGGAGACGGAAUAUUUAAUGGUCUGGCACAUUGGGUCAAGGGCGGUGUCUUCUUUUGGUUGGGCAUCUUCACUCUGGGACGUUGGUCUGGCAGCUUUGGUGAGCUCGGCUGGGCAUGGAAUGUCCAUCCCAAGAAAAGCCCACAGGGAUGGCGUCCUUCUGCUGAGCUCGUCGAGAGCUUCUUGGUCUUCUUCUAUGGCUCUACAAACAUCUUCAUGGAGCACCUUGGUGGUUGGGGAGGGGACUGGACCGCGCAGGAUAUGGAGCAUAUUUCUAUCACUAUUCUGUUCCUUGGAGGAGGUCUGUGUGGCAUGCUCGUCGAGUCGACUCGCAUUCGUAAUCUUCUCAACAUGAAUGUCCAAGACAUCGAGCCAAUGAAUCCACAUGCAGUUGAAGACGCAAACGAGAUCAAGGCUCCUGAUACGUACGAGUUGUCACUGAACCCCAUCCCAGCUUUGGUGAUCAUGCUGCUUGGACUCACGAUGAGCUCACACACGCAGCACACCAUGAUGUCCAACAUGGUCCACAAGCAAUGGGGAAAUUUACUCCUCGGAGCUUCGUUUGCUCGCGGUCUUACAUACAUUUUGAUGUUCCUCAAGCCGCCAACGUCCGUUCUCCCAUCACGACCGCCUACCGAGCUACUCACGGCGUUCGGACUCAUAUCUGGGGGAAUUAUCUUCAUGGCUAGCAGCACCGAUACUGUUGAUGGAAUGAUCCAUUACGGCCUUGAUGCCAUGUUUAUGUAUACCGUCACGAUGGGCCUUGUCGGAUUGUUGAUGGCCUGGACUGUCAUUGUCCUUGCCUUGAAGGGAUGGGCCAUGCGAAUCGAACGACGCUGCAUAGCGGGAUAG